UUAACAUGGCGGCUAUGGUUGGUGUUUUGAUCUGGGCCGUGGACAUGAAAAACAAAAAAACAGUCUGGGAGGACGGACAGCAUGUAGCUGUUGUUUGAGCAGAAAAACAGUUUACAUGAACGUUCUCACUGGGUUGUCCUCUUCCCCCUGCUGUUCCACAGUACACAACAGUUAGUUUCUUUAGACACAGACUCUUGCACAAUGGAGGAUUCCAAGAGCCCACUGAAGUCUGCCAAGCCCUCACGUGGAGAGGCCAGAGGAGGCAAGGCUCCCAUUUCCAAGAAUCUGAAAGACACACCCUUGUCGAGGGACCCCACCAAAGGCCCUGGGCGCCCCAAGGACAGUAUGGCGAGGGCUCGAGAUGAUCACAGAGAUAACCAGGGCACGCAUGUUACUGGCAGGGCGACAGCUGGUAGCCCUCAGGACCAAGGUAGAGGCAAGCCACGCAGGCUGACAGGCAGGACCAGCUCUGGGGAGAGAGGGAAAGGGAAGGGAGGGAGCCUGCAACAGCAGCAUCAGCAUCAGCAGCAGACAGACGUUAGGCAGUCUGCCCAGGAGCACCGGGGCCCAGGCUGGAACCGCCAUCUCAAAGAUACUGAGGGCCCCAGAGCAGCCACCUCCUCACCAGAGGAGAGGGCACUACAGGUCAAGCUGUCUCAGGUAGCUGCUCUGGCAAAGCAGCUACCAGAUGAGGCGGGGGGUCGGCGGGCAACAGAUGCGGGGACGGGGGCUGGAGGCGGGGGCGUCGGGGUGGACGAGAGCACCCUGACCUCGGACCAGCAGCUGGGGCUCAAGCAGGCGGAGGAGAGGCUGCGCAGAGACUACAUCCACCGCUUGGUCAAGCAGUCCCCGGAGUACCCCAACUUCCAGUACCUAUGCAAGCUCUGCUCAGUCCACGUGGAGAACAUCCAAGGUGCUCACAAACACAUCAAGGAGAAGCGCCACAAGAAAAACAUCAUGGAGAAGCAAGAGGAGAAUGAGCUGCGUGCCCUUCCUCCCCCCUCCGCGGCGCAGCUGCGAGCGGUGGAUGCGGCGGUGCAGGAGGCGGUGCGGGUGCACGGCAUCUCCGAGGAGGACUUCCUGCAGCGCCAGGCCAUGGUCACGCGCAUGGAGGCCGUCAUACAACAGCAGCUGCCAGAAUGCAACCUCCGCCUUUAUGGUUCAUGCCUAACACGUUUCGCCUUCAAAACCAGUGAUAUCAACAUAGAUGUUACCUAUCCAUCCAAUAUGACGCAACCAGAAGUGCUUAUAAAAGUGCUGGACAUUAUAAAGAAAAGCUCUCAGUAUGUUGAAGUGGAGUCUGACUUUCAUGCUAAAGUUCCUGUGGUCUACUGCAAGGAGGCCGGCAGUGAGCUCAUGUGUAAAGUCAGUGCCGGUAAUGACGUUGCAUGCCUCACCACCAACCACCUGGCGGCGCUGUCGAGGCUGGAGCCCAGGCUGGUGCCUCUGGUCCUGGCCUUCCGCCUCUGGGCCAAACUGUGCCACAUCGACUGCCAGGCGGAGGGUGGCAUCCCGUCCUACUCGUUCUCCCUCAUGGUCAUCUUCUUCCUGCAGCAGCGCAAGCAGCCCAUCCUGCCCGUCUACUUUGGCAACUGGAUCGAGGGCUUCGAUGCAAGGCGCGUGGAUGAGUAUCACCUGACGGGGGUGAAGCUGGACAUCUUUGUAGGCUGGGAGUACCGGCCCCCCAGCACUGGAGAGGGCCGCGGCGAGAACAAGGGCAAGCCCGAGCAUAAGCCCCCACCGCGGAGGAAGAGCGACGCCACAGAGGGCCUGACGCGGUUGGCCCUUGACCUGGGGCAGGGCGUGUCCCUGGGCCAGCUGUGGCUUGAGCUGCUUCGCUUCUACACGCUGGAGUUUGCUCUGGAGGAGCACGUCAUCAGCAUCCGCCUGAGGGAGCUGCUACCCCGCGAGAUCAAGAACUGGCCCCGGCGACGCCUCGCCAUCGAAGACCCCUUCGCCCUGAAAAGGAAUGUGGCGCGCAGCCUCAACAGCCAGAUGGUGUUUGAGUACAUCCAGGAGCGCUUCCGCAGCGCCUACCGCUACUUCGCCUGCCCCCAGAGCCGCCAUCGCACCCCGGCCAGUCAACGCAGGGGGGCUCGCAAGAGAGCUAAGCGCCGGAUGAACUUAGAGGAGGGUGCUGGAGAGGGCAAACAUGGCAAGAGCACAGAGUCCAGGAGACGUCGCACCACAACAGGGGAGGGAGAAGGCGAGGGUGUAGAGAUGGGGUGCAGGGUGGAUGACGAGGAUGAGGAAGAUGAGGAUGUUUACGAGGAUGACGAAGAGGAAGGAGGCCUGAGUGUCCGUCUUGGGGACUUGGGUCUUUUGAGUAAGAAGGAGAAGAAGGAUGCAGUGAACGUGAACGUCAUGAGGGGGGGCCGGGAGCCCCCCGCAGCUCACACCUCUCAAAAUGGCCUGCUGGACAGCGAAGAAGAGGAGGAGGAAGAGGGAGAGGAGGAUGAAGAAGAGGAGGAGGAGGAAGAGGAAGAACAGGAGGAGAUUGCUCCAGAGGAUCUUCAAUAUGUGUUUGACAAGAUGAUUUUCACCGGAGGAAAGCCUCCCACUGUUGUGUGCAGUAUCUGCAAACGAGAUGGCCACAUGAAGGAUGAGUGUCCAGAGGAUUUCAAGAAGAUCGAGCUGAAACCCCUGCCCCCCAUGGGCGAACGCUUCCGUGACAUCCUAGAUGGACUCUGCAGGCUCUGCUAUCUUGAAUUAUCCCCAAACCUAUUGGAACAGCAGAAAAGGGAGCAGAUUUUGGCCAGUUUAGAAAGGUUCAUUCGGAAGGAGUACAACGAUAAGGCCCAGCUCUGCCUGUUUGGCUCCUCCAAGAAUGGCUUUGGCUUCCGGGACAGUGACCUGGACAUCUGCAUGACACUGGAGGGUCAUGACACAGCAGAGAAACUAAACUGCAAGGAGAUCAUUGAGGGGCUUGCAAAGGUACUGAAGAAACACACAGGUCUUAGGAACAUCCUGCCUAUAACGACAGCUAAAGUGCCUAUUGUCAAAUUUGAACAUCGUCAGAGUGGCCUGGAAGGAGACAUCAGCCUUUAUAACACCCUGGCCCAGCAUAACACCAGAAUGCUGGCCACGUAUGCUGCCAUCGACCCUCGUGUGCAAUUUCUUGGAUACACUAUGAAGGUUUUCGCCAAGCGUUGUGACAUCGGAGACGCGUCACGAGGCAGCUUGUCGUCCUACGCCUACAUCCUCAUGGUGCUCUACUUCCUGCAGCAGAGGAAGCCGCCCGUCAUCCCCGUCCUGCAGGAGAUAUACGAUGGGAAUGACGUUCCUCAGAGGAUGGUCGAUGGGUGGAAUGCAUACUUUUUCCAUGACCUCGAUGAAAUGCGGCGGCGUAUGCCGGAGCUGCAGCAGAACCGUGAGUCGGUGGGGGAGCUGUGGCUGGGCCUGCUGCGCUUCUACACAGAGGAGUUCGACUUCAAGGAGCACGUCAUCAGCAUCCGCCAGCACAAGCGCCUCACCACCUUCGAGAAGCAGUGGACCUCCAAGUGCAUCGCCAUCGAAGAUCCCUUUGACUUGAAUCAUAACCUUGGUGCAGGGGUCUCUCGCAAAAUGACCAAUUUCAUCAUGAAGGCCUUCAUAAAUGGUAGAAAGCUGUUUGGAACCCCUUUCUACCCCCAGCCUGGCACUGAAGCGGACUACUUCUUUGACUCCAAGGUGCUAACGGAUGGAGAGCUGGCUCCAAACGACCGCUGCUGCCGCAUCUGUGGCAAGAUCGGACACUACAUGAAGGACUGUCCCAAGAGACGCAGGAUGAAGAAGAAGGAGAAUGAGAAGGAUGAGGAGGUGAAGGAGGAGGACAGAGAGCCUCGCGAGCGCCGCUGCUUCCAGUGCGGAGACAUGGGCCACGUGCGGCGAGACUGUCCCGAGUACAGACACCUGCGGCAGAGGGGCCAGGCUGGACCAGUCCCUCAUAUGGUUCGCGCCAUGGUGAGCUCUCAGUCCAUCCCCAUCCCUCAGAGCGGCAUGGCCCAGGAGAGACCAGGCCGCACCAGGCAGCCCUCCGAAUGCUCCGACACGCGCCAGACGCCGCCCUACUCGCCGCAGCCCACGCCGCAGUUCAGCCAGGCCUCCCCGCAAGUGGUGGGCUCGCCGCAGUCUGCCCAGGCCAAGGUCCCCGUGGGCCAAGCCGUGGCCGCCGCCGCAGCUGCUGCAGCCGCCGCCGCCGCUAAGCAGUCCCCCCACGCCCAGGUGCAACUGCCCCUCUUUCCCCCCGGCUUCCCUCACGCCCACCCGGGGCCCUACCACGUGGGGCUCCAGGCCCUGGGGCUGCAGAUCAACCAGCAGAUCCAAGCCCAGGCCCAGGCCCAGGCCCAGGCUGGCCACCACCCGGCCUCCUGGCCCAUCCACGGCCCCGUGCUCCAGGGCUCCUCCAGCAGCUCCAGCCCCUCCCCGCCGGGCCUCAAGUUCCCCCUGCGACCCGCCAACGCAGGCCCUGCCGGGGGGAUAGCGGCCGGCGGUGGGGCCUCAGGGGCUGGAGGUGGUGGUGGUGGUGGAGGAGGAGGAGGAGGUGUGGUGGGUGGUGGGAACGGUGGCACAGCGGGCGGCAACCUGUCGAACCCCAUGAACCUGAACGACCCGAGUAUUAUUUUCGCCCAGCCGGCGGCAGGCAGGCAGCUGAGCAUGGGGGGCACGGGCCGCGAUGGCCUGCCCUGGCACAACCACCUCCCUGGGGCACUGGUGGGCAACGGCACGGUGGGGAAGACAGAUGGGGGAUUUCAGGGUCAGUUUGGCAACGUGAGCCAGGGCCUGCGCACAUGGGAGCAUGGCAACGCGCCGCACUACACGCUCUCGCCCUCCUGGCCCUCGCGCAUGCCCCAGAACUUCCUGCCCCAGGGCAACGGCGGCUUCCAGCCCAACAAGCCCUUCAUCUCCCAAGGUUCCGUGGUGGCCAAUCAGCAUUAUCCCCUUCUUCAACACGGGAGGCACCACAAUCUCAACUUCAUCCAGCAGAAGAAAUGAAGAUGAACUUACUUUACGUUUCUUUUCUUUUAACAUUAGAGUUUCAAACCCAUGGUCCUUUUCUGACAGAGAGAGACUGAAAAAAAAAGGAAAAAAAAGAAAAAAAAAACUGAAAAUCAAUUAUGACUUUACAUUAUUUGGUCACAGGACUUUUUAAAAUAACGAAUUUUAUCAUUUUUGUACAGUUUUUACAUUUUAUUUUCUUUCCUGUGUCAUCACAUUGAUUUGUGAUACAAAUGUCAAAUAUUUUAAUACCCUCGUUUUUGAAGGGGGUCUAAAAGUGUUAUUUUAUGUGUAAAGUAUGGACUACAAAUGUAUUCUCUUUAUUUUUGGUAGCUGUAUUCAUAUUUUGCUUGCAUAAGGAAAAAACGGCUUUGAGUAGAAAUUUGUUUUAAAAACAAGCAUACCAACUGAUGAGAAUUAUGUAGUGCCAUAAACCCCCAAUAGUAAAGAAAAAUACAAAAAAAAAACAUGAAAUGAGAAAAUGCCCAAAAAAAUAAAGAAAAAGCAAACCAA